AUGGAGACCAUUAGCAACAUGGCCACGCAGGCCGCCAAGGCCGUCUGGGGCGACAGUGCAGAGCACAAGGAGCCCUUGUCUGGCGCCCAGGGCGACGUUUCCCACGGCGAGCCCUACGAUGCCGGGAACCUGGGAAACUCGGAGCAGCAAAAGCUCGAGCGAAAGCUGAGCGGCGAAGACGAAUCCGCGCCCUCCAAGCUCACCGACGACACCAACAAGGGCACGACUACCGACACAGCCGCCGGCGGCACCACCAUCACCUCGUCCUCCUCCUCCUCUGACCCCAUCUCCUCCUCCACCGACUCCAAGGCCACCGACUCCAACAAAGCCAGCGGCUCCAGCUCCAAGCCCACCGACAUCGAGGCCUCGACCGGCAAGCCCUCCGAGGUCGGCUCCAGCGCCGCCGAGGAAGGCGACCCCAACACGCACGUCAUGGGCGACGGGCCCAAGCCCCUCGAGACGGUCGCCCGGGAACACGGCGGCGACGCGGGCAACAUUGGCACGACUGCCGACUCGUCCUCGUCGUCCAACAAGAAGCCCGGCGAGGAGGGCGGCGAGGGAGACAAGCACGACGGCGGCGAGAGCAAGGGCACCGGCGAGGAGUACGUCAAGACGACGGGCUUCGCCGCCGACGGAGGCGACUUUGACGCGACCAAGCCCGGCGCCGGGCGGGAAGCAGACCGCCUCCUGGAAGAAAAGGGCGUGCACCACGACACUCCCGGCAAGAAGGACUCGUCGCCCUCAAGCGGCGGCAACAAGGACGACCACCACCACCACAGCAAGGACAAGCCCAGCCUAGGGGAGCGCAUCAAGAACAAGCUGCACCGGCAUAAGGAGUGA